UAUACCGACCUUUUAUAAUACGUAUUCGGGCAUUUAUGAUAUUUGUAUAUUCUUUACAUUUUUAAUAGAAGAGGAAACCCAUUCGAGUUAUAAACUUGUGAUGAUCUAGAGUUCUAAAAUAAAAGAGAUAUAAAUCAGUUAUAAACAUUUUGUUGUUGUGUAUUAAUUGUAUGUAAUUUGGUGUGUUUUUGAGAAUUGGAAAAUGAGAAGUGGAAGUUUUUAUAAUUGUUCAUUGAAUACUUUAAACAAUAGUGAAAGAUCAAAGAAUUUGUGUUCAUUAAAUAAACAAACAUCACUAUUUUGUUGCAACAACAAUAAAAACGACACCAACAUCUAUAACACAGACGGAUAUUCAGAUCGUGAAAGUGUUGCCAGUAGUGUCCGUGGAAAAAGGACAAGAUCAAGUAGAAUUAUUCCAAUGAAGGCCUCGAAAAAUAUUUCCAAAAAGACAAAAACAAUGGAUUACACAAACUAUGCUUACAAUGAAGCUGUCGGACGUUUGAAAUUGAUGUUAGCCGAUUCGUACGCCCCUUUAAAGACUUCAUCAUCAUACACGAGGAAUCUCAAUAACGAUGAUUCGGAUAAUUUCUCAGAUAAUCUUUCGGUUGUUGAACGACCAGUAAUGUCUGAAAUAUCAAAGUAUCUGUCGCCCAGCUACAAAAACCCGAGGCAAUCAUAUCGGAGCAAAUACAGCAAAAGCUUUCAGCCCUCAACGACGUCAAAGGAGAAUCUUACAACCACCACCACCCACUAUACACCGACUCCUGUGCAGGAUUAUGUGGUGUCUUCAGCGCAGCCAGAAACGAACAUAGUUCAAGCACCAGCGGAAAUAUUCAAUUUCAUUGAAAAACAGGAGGACUACAUCGAACAGCUUGAAAAGGAAUCUAAGUUCUGCAGGAAUGAACUGUCGAACUUGCUUGGCAAGGUUAAGGACGUCAUUAGUGAGAAUGAAGCUCUAACUGACAAUGCUCGUGCCGAACUUGCUGGUCUAAAUGCAAAAGUAAGUGCAUCUUCAGAAAGCGAAGAUAACCUGCGAUAUAGUAAAUCUCCAAAGAAACGUGAGAAAUCCCCGAGAUACUCGGGAGGUCCAAGCAUUGUUUACGAAUCCAAAAUAAGCCAGUUGGAAGCCGAACUGGCGCAAUCGAAUAUAGAUCUUCGAAAAGUUCGUGGUGAAAAUGAAGAUCUCAAGAGGAAAUUAACGUUAGGAGUUGGUGGUACUUUGUCCAGUUCGUUAAAUUGUGAAACCCAUCGAAAACAAAUUGAAACCCUUCAAAUGGAUAAGAUUGCCCUGGAAGAAAACAUUCGUCAGCUUCAAAAGACCAUCGAUGAGAUGAAGGCUUCCAACAUCUAUGGAUCGUCAAAACGGUAUGCUGCCGAUUUGGAACGUUCCCAUUCCGAAAUGGAAGUUAAACAUUUGAGGGAGGAACUUGAUCGACAGCACGAACGAGUUCGAGAACUUCAACACGAAAUGGCACGACGAAUAGCAGACGAGCGGGCAAAUGCUGAACGUCGCUACAACAAUCAGGUUGAUCAGCUGGGUGGUGAUUUAUCGACGCAAUGGGAUCAGGUUACAAAACUGCAACUGGAUUUGGAACGACAAAAACGCCUCGAAUCGGAUUUAAAACGAGAUUUAUCACAGAAAAAUGCUCAAGUCGAUGAAUUGAAAAUGGAAUUGAAAGCAAACCGAUGUACCUUUCUCUCGGAUAUUGCUCAAGUGAGUGCUGAGAAGCAAUCUCUUGAACAGGAAAUAACUUCGUUACGACUACAAUUGGAUCGCUCUGAACGACAAGGAAAAGUAGAGGCUUCUCGGUUAACAGCUGAAAUAAGUUCAUUGCGACAACGUUUGGAUCGAGGCGAUGCGGAUUUGUUGCAUUCGAAAAGAGAAGUUUUGCGCCUAAAUGAUGAAAUAGCGAAUUUGGAAAAAGAACUGGCCUAUGGAGAAAUGAAAAACGAGAUUCGACCUACCAAAAAGGAUUUGGAUAAAAGGAUAUCAGAAAUACAAGAAAAACAUGCCGACACUGUUGUUGAACUUGAAGAAAUGAUACAAAGCCAGAAGCAACUCAUGGAUAAACUAACUACCGAAUGUAAAACAUUGACCAAAAAACUAGAGGACACAACAUUAAAAAAUAAUGAAGAAAAAACACAAUUGCGUCAUACAAAUGAUAUGUUAAUGGAACGCUUACGCCAAAUUUGGGCCAGCUAUAAAGAGCUUAAUGUUAGAAAUAGUUUCGGGCGCCACCGAUCGAGUGAUGAUGCAAGUGAUGUUGAUGUAGAAUCUUGUCGAGAAGAGCAAUUGAAAAAUUUACAAAUUUCUCAACAGCACCCCUCGAGUAUAAACCUUCCUACAGCACAGAAAGUAGAGCCGCUUUGGACUCCGAAAUUGUCACAUCUCCAACCACAAAAAAGUCUUCACCCUACAGCUAUGAAAGUUCCAUUAAUCCCGUACAAUUAUCGGACGACUAUAUUAGCAGCGAACCGAAAAAGUCUCUCAUUGAGCCCAGAACAACAACAUCAAAUUACGAGUCAACCCUCGGAAGCUACGACUACGGGGAUGAUGAAAACAAAAAAGACAGUCUUGGUGAGGGAGAAAAACAUCGGAACGGAGGAGGAGAAGGAAGAGAUAUUCUGUCACCAAACGACUACAUCUCAAAAUCUUCCAACAUCGACCAAUCUGCAAAAACCCUACCAGCAACUACUGAACAGUUCGAUAAAGACGAUUACCAAAUCGGAGAUCAAACCAGUCAACUAUAUGCUCCCGAAUCAGCCAAUCCCACAACAGACUACAACACUGAAUACACCGGUUACGAUGGGUAUGAGCAGCAACCGUACACCGGAACUGGCUACGAUCAACCCUACGACACGCAAUACGAUGGAACUCAGGCAUAUGAAGGAACCACUCUCGAUCAAUACGACGGAAGUCAACAACAGUAUGACGCCAACCAAUAUGGAGACUACGGAGUUCAAGACUAUGAACAGCCCUACCAAUCCCAGUACGACUCAACACUUCCAGCUGACAUCCAGUCAUCACCAUCCGAACUCGUCGAGCCAGCACCAUCAGAGCGCCCAGUCAAGUCUAGUCCGCCAAUACCGACCAGCAGCACCAAUGCAGGAAUCACCCCGGUCACUAGCACUCGCCCGACAACGGAGAGCCGCACUCAACCGCGACCGAGCAAUAGCACUCUGGGGCCAGCAGGUGCAGGAACAAAUGCAGGAAACAAACUCCCAACACCUAUGUCACAACAGCCUGCCGCGCCAGCUAAAGGAUUAUCGGGUGGAAGAAAAGACUAGUAGUGCUGAGGAAAUGAUUGAUCCGCUCGAUUUAGAAUUUUGUGUCAGUAGCCCAAGUUUAUUUGAUCGUUCGUGUGCUUCCUCAGAAACUGAUGUGGCGGCGGGAUCUGAAUCGACCGAAGUGAGUGCUUCGCCUAGAACUGCCAUUCAUAAAAUUACUUGAACUAUUUUACAGAAAUAAUAGUUAUUACCUUAAUUUGGUUCGUCGGAAAGUCAGAGUGUAGGAUAAGGUUUAAACAAAAAAGAACUUGUAUUUAUUUGUAUCUACUACAUUAGAAUUUUUUGAGAAAUUUAACAAGGACACCUUUUAUUGCAUAUAUUAUACAUGACUUAUGAUCUUUUAAAUAAAAUGUUGAACAAUCCUUGAAA